UGUGGACUCGCAAUGGAAUGGAAAGAACAAACCGCACCUAUACAUCAUAACACACCCACACAGACACAACAAAAUAGAGAGAAAAAGAUGGCAAUGACACGUUUUCUACUCCCUUUCAUGCUCAGCUUUUUCAUCCUCAAAGCUACUGAAUCCACCUUCACCAUGAGCUUACAUUACUGCUCAAACUCAACCACCUUCUCUCCCAAUAGCACCUACCACGCCAACCUCAACCUUGUUCUCGAUGAUCUCGUCAGAGACGCGGACGCUGACACUGAUGAUGGGUUCAACUUCACUUCAAGCAAAGCCAGCUCGAGCAACGUCGUCUACGGCAGCUUUAUGUGCAGAGGCAAUGUCCCCAAGAAAGAGUGCGCGGAUUGCGUCAGGAACGCGAGUAUUCGAAUAACCGAGCUAUGCCAGAUGACGAAAGUCUCCUUCCUGUGGUACGAUCAGUGCAUGCUGCGCUACUCAGACAGGAAUUUCACCAGAAAAAUGGAGCUGGAACCUCAGUUGAAUGGAUACAAUGAAGAGAACAUAGAACAGCCAGAUGAAUUCAUGAAGCUACUGAACGAGACGACAGAUCACGUGGCUAAAGAGGUUGCUCAGCAUCCUCCUAAGAUGUAUGGCCAUCGUGAAGCCAAAUUUCAUCGGGAGAAAACGCUGUACACAUUCGCACAGUGUGUCCCUUAUAUUUCUAAAACCGAUUGUUGGGAGUGCCUUCGCAACGCCACAUCAAGCCUCUUAAGCCUCCCAAAGGGGAAAAUCGGGGGCCGAGUGUUGCUUCCGAGUUGCUUUGUCAGGUUUGAGAUUUACCCAUUUUACGGGAGCAGCCUAAAAGGUAAGGUAGAACCUCAUAGUUGAUGUUUUCAUGAUCAUGCUUGUUACUACUUCUAAAAUUGCAAUAGAAUUUAUGUU